AGGAUGGAAGGAAAGGCCUGCAGAGAGGAAAUAAGACUAAAGAAGAAGCUGCAGAAAGGCUGUGAGAUAUCCGUGGGAUCCCAGAACCAGAGCAAGAAAGCACUGGCAACAAAUUCUUCAGAGUUUUUAAUAAGUGACCGCGACAGAGACCCGCAAUGUAACCUGCACUGCUCCAGGUCUCCAGCCAAGCCCCUCUGUGCCUCUGAUGGCAGGACUUACGAAUCGAUGUGUGACUAUCAGAGAGCAAAGUGCAGAGAUUCAAGCCUGAGUGUGGUUCACAGAGGCAGAUGCAAAGAUGCUGGUCAAAGUAAAUGCCGAUUAGAAAGAGCCCAAGCAAUGGACCAAGCAAAGAAGCCACAAGAAGCUGUCUUCAUUCCAGAGUGUAGUGAGGAUGGGUCAUUCACCCAGGUGCAGUGCCAUACAUACACUGGAUAUUGCUGGUGUGUCACUCCAGAUGGCAAACCCAUAAGUGGUUCUUCUGUACAGAACAAGACUCCUGUAUGUUCAGGUUCAGUAACAGACAAGCCAUUAGGACAGGGUAACUCUGGAAGAAAAGUUUCUUUUCGAUUCUUUUUAACUCUCAAUUCAGAUGAUGGUUCAAAACCAACUCCCACCAUGGAGACUCAGCCUGUGUUUGAUGGAGAAGAAAUCACAGCUCCCACCCUUUGGAUUAAACACUUGGUCAUAAAAGAUUCCAAAUUGAACAGCUCCAGUAUGAAAAAUUCAGAGAAAGUGAAUUCAUGUGACCAAGAGAGGCAAAGUGCUCUGGAAGAGGCCAGGCAGAAUCCCCGCGAAGGGAUUGUAAUCCCUGAAUGUGCUCCUGGUGGGCUGUACAAGCCAGUGCAGUGUCAUCAGUCUACGGGAUAUUGCUGGUGUGUUCUGGUAGAUACAGGUCGUCCCCUGCCUGGUACUUCCACCCGAUACGAGACCCCUGUGUGUGAAAGCGAUGCCAGAUCAAGGAGCACAGAAAUUGAUGACCCAUUCAAGGAAAGAGAACUUCCAGGCUGCCCAGAAGGGAAGAAGGUGGAAUUUAUUACCAGUUUACUGGAUGCUCUCACCACAGACAUGGUUCAGGCCAUUAACUCAGCUGCACCUGCUGCAGGUGGGAGGUUCUCUGAACCUGAUCCCAGCCACACAUUGGAGGAGCGGGUAGUACAUUGGUAUUUCAGUCAACUGGACAACAAUAGCAGCCAUGACAUCAACAAGAGGGAAAUGAAGCCAUUCAAGCGCUAUGUGAAGAAGAAAGCUAAGCCCAAGAAAUGUGCACGGCGCUUCACUGACUACUGUGAUCUCAACAAGGACAAAUCUAUUUCACUACAAGAACUGAAAGGUUGCUUGGGUGUCGGGAAGGAAGGAGGAAGCAUUGGCAGUUUCCCCCAUGGAAAAAGACAAGGAGUUAACCCUUUCAUAGGACGUCUUGUUUAAGAGCUGAUGGGCAAGCAUGACACACAUGGCUGGCUGGAUGGGCAGAUGGAAGGACAGGACAUCCUGCCACUUGAGAUCAGUCCGGUGGGACUGGAAACAUCCAACGUAGCACAAGUGGCAUCCACAACAUUUGCACUUUGAAAAAGAAAUAAUGGAAGAGGGGUGACAGUUGAUCUACUUUUAAUGCCAUCACCUAGUACCUUGGAGAAGAAGAUGAAAAAGAAGAACAUUACAUCUUGGAAAGAAAACAGAACAGCUACUGAUGAUUUAAAUUUUUAGAAUUGCUUGGACUUGAAGAAAGAGAUGUUUAAUAUACUGUAUAUAAAUAUAUGUAAAUUGUACAAUGGUUUUGUGCCAGCUUUAGUGUGAAUGUUUUGUCCCUGCCUAGGACUUCUUCUAGGGUGCUUAAGAAUAAAGGGGUCCGGAGGA